AUGCAUCAUCACAAGAGGAUGCACACAAGCGUGAGGCCCCACAAGUGCGAUCUCUGUCCCUCAGAGUUCACCAGGCUGCACCACCUGAAGGAUCACGUACGGACUCAUACUGGUGAGAAGCCAUACAAGUGCAACCUUUGCCCUGCAGAGUUCGUCCGAAGCACGCACCUGCAGAGUCACAAGAAGACACACAUGGGCGUAAGGCCAUUCAAGUGCGACCUCUGUCCCUCUGAGUUGACCCAGCUGCACCACCUGAAGGACCACAUACGGAUUCAUACAGGUGAGAGGCCGUACAAAUGCGUCCUCUGUCUUGCAGAGUUCAGACACAGUACACACCUGCGACGUCACAAGAACACGAACACGAGUGAGAAGCCACACAAGUGCAAUCUCUGUCCUGCAGAGUUCACCCACCUGCAUCAGUGCAUGAGUUGA